AGAGAGAGAGAGAAGGAGGAAUAGGAAGAAGGUGGACCGUGGGUAUACUGUAUAGGGAGCGUCAGAGGGACAGAAAGUGGAAAGUACCUAACUAAAAAUACUUUAAAGUACUACUUAAGUAGUUUUCGGGGUAUCUGUACUUUACUUUACUAUUCAUAUUUUUGAUUCAUUUUACUUCACUACGUUCCUUGUGAAAAUAUUGUACUUUUUACUCCAUACAUUUUCCUUGACACCCAAAAAGACUUGUUACAUUUUGAAUGCUUAGCAGGACAGGAAAAUAAUCAAAUUCAUGCAGCAAACGAACAUCCCUGGUCAUCCCUACUGCUUCUGAUCUGGCGAAACUAAACACGGGAUUUGUUUGUAAAGGAUAUCUGAAUGUUGGAGUGUGCCCCUGGCUUUCCAUAAAUUUUAAAAACAAGAACAUAGUGCCGCCUGGUUUGCUUAAUAUAAGGAAUUUGAAAUUAUUUACUGCCAUUAGGUACCGAGAUGAGAUCCUCAGACCCCUUGUGAGACCAUAUGCUGACACAUGCACAUUUGUGGCCUGCUGGAGGUCAUUUUGCAGGGAUCUGGCAGUGCACCUCCUUGCACAAAGGCGGAGGUAGCGGUCCUGCUGCUGGGUUGUUGCCCUCCUACGGCCUCCUCCACGUCUCCUGAUGUACUGGCCUGUCUCCUGGUAGCGCCUCCAUGCUCUGGACACUACGCUGACAGACACAGCAAACCUUUUUGCCACAGCUCGCAUUGAUGUGCCAUCCUGGAUGAACUGCACUACCUGAGCCACUUGUGUGGGUUGUAGACUCCGUCUCAUGCUACCACUAGAGUGAGAGCACCGCCAGCAUUCAAAAGUGACCAAAACAUCAGCCAGGAAGCAUAGGAACUGAGAAGUGGUCUGUGGUCACCACCUGCAGAAUCACACCUUUUUGGGGGGGUGUCUUGCUAAUUGCCUAUAAUUUCCACCUUUUGUCUAUUCCAAUUGCACAACAGCAUGUGAAAUUUAUUGUCAAACAGUGUUGCUUCCUAAGUGGACAGUUUGAUUUCACAGAAGUGUGAUUGACUUGGAGUUACAUUGUGUUGUUUAAGUGUUCCCUUUAUUUUUUUGAGCAGUGUAUAUUUUAGAAAUUACAUUUAGUUUGGAUACUGAAGUAAAUUUUAAACCAAAUACUUUUAGACUUUAACUCAAGUAGAAUUUUACUAGGUGACUUUUACUUUUACUUGAGUCAUUUUCUAUUAGGUAUCUUUACUUUUACUCAAGUAUGACAGUUGGGUACUUUUUCCACCACUGGGGACAGAUAGUAAUGAGAGGAAGGACACAGUAGGCCUACAUUGUUUUGUCUGAAGAGAUUUUCUUCAACCCUGCAUCAACAUCCUUGGUCUUGCAUUCAGACUAAUACUACAAAGCUACACCAUGGGGACAACCAAAGAACAAUUUUAGGUUCUAGAUAGCACCUUUUUUUCUAAGAGUGUAGACACAUAAACUCUCCCCUCCCUGUUUGGAGGUAAAUAAAGAUGCUUGUGAGGUGACUGCAACCUGUCUGUCUGACAGAUUGGAUGUUGGCAAUUAUCAUGUGAAUUGUCAACGAGGGGGAAAAACUGUAUUUGUAUGAGUAGCAGCAGCAGAGACCGAGUAGGUGCCUACCAGAAUAUCCCAAAGGCCGUCUGGCGGACUACUACCAGAGGGUCCAAUUAAUCUUACAAAAUGUAUAGGCAAUGUGAGACAAAGUUUUAACACAAAGAAGAGCUUUGAUUUGUUUUUGGGAAGAAGUUUGGAAACUUGGGAAUGGAUGAGCUGUUCCUACACCAGUGCGCAAGGAAAAAUAUUAUCUACAAAGAUCAUUUAAAUGGAAAAUAAUGUUCUGCUCGCCUCUUCUUCUUCGCUGGCGUAGGAACUAAUUUUGGAGCACUAAAACAGAUGUGAUUCAUUGGAUAUUCUAGAGACACGUGACAUUUGCUUUCACAUUUAUUGGCCAGUUCGUAUGAAACUAGAUCGUUUUGUAGACAUGCGAAAUAGUGCCCAAAUGUCCAUAACUAUCGAUUUAUAUCCGUAUUUUGACAAGUUUUAACGAAAAUGUUUUUGAAUUUGGGUUUGAUUUUGUUUAACAUACAUGUAAUGAUUUCGUUGGACAUUUUAACGUUAACCAACAUUUGUUUAGGUCGCGGAAGGAUCUUCGUGCCACAGCUACUGUGAAAGACCCCACUGAAGUCGCUGAAAAUGGACAACGUUGAGGGAACUGAAGCCUUGACUGAACUGGAGGCCUCUUGUCCUCCUCUGAGCAACAUCACAACACCUUUGGAAUUAUCCCAGCUCACAUCCUCCCAACUGGAUAUAUCCCCUCAGAGCUUCACGCCAUCUUCUAACAUCAAAGAAAAAUCCCGCCUGGCUCAGCUGAAGGUUAAGCGGCGGUCCAAUGUUGGUGUACGGGGUUCACCAGAGACCAACUCCCUUAUCCGCUACAUAGCCCAACAGAGGAUGAAAACUCCCCCCACAACCACACAGCCUACCCAAGCCAGAUCCUUCUCUCCCAGAUUCCCCUCUACUCUAAAGCAGAAGAUGGCUGUUUUCCAGAGCAUAAUGGCUGUGGAGGAGAAUGAGAAUGAAACGGUGCCACCACAGGGCAAUCACACUGGGGGAUGCAUCAAGACAAGAGAUUUUCUGUCUGGUGAUGGGUGGAGCUGUGAUGAUGGCAGUGGUGGGAAGGAGAACAAGACCCCAGUGAGCCAGCCUCCCUUUCUAACUCCACCACCCAGUAAGAGGCGCUGCAUAGCAGUCCCCCAGGGGACAUGUGUGGAGGAAAUUGGCGAGGCCAACACUCCUGUCCUCAAACGCACCGGCACCAUACUGAAGCAGCAACAAAACAAUGAGGUUGCUGUUGUCCAGAACAAGGACCAUCAUCUAGCUCUCACUGUAACACCUGGCGCACAGACCCAGAAUGACACUGAGCUCUCUGGUGAGCUAGAACGCGCUAGUGUGUCCCUGCCACCAGCCCUGCAUACUAAUGCUGUGUCCCAGGUCACACGGGGUGAGCCGCAGUCCUCUCCUCUAAAGCAGAUUUGUACUCCCACCAAGGAGGAGCAGGACCAGGAGUGCUCCUUUGAAGUCCACAGCCCCAGCCAACCUCUGGUUGUGCAUUCAGGACCAGACAGGACAACUCUGUCCCCGCUGUUUGCUAUUCCAUCUCUUCUGGAGAUGAACCCCACAGAUGAAGCUGAUUCCUCUGGUGGUAACGUUACCUCAACUGUGAAGAGGAAGAAGCAGGUGCGUUUCGGGAUCCUGCUGCCCCCCGAGCUCUUUGACAAGAAGCUACCCCCCAGCACCCCUCUACGGAAGGGGGGCACCCCGGGCAGGGUCCCAACAUCUGCCGGGGUGUCCCAGCUGAGGUCACUGCUGAAGACUCCCCAGAGGACCCCUUUAAACCUGGCCCAGCCAGACUUCAGCAGCCCCUCUCUGACUGGAGCAUCCCCACCCCUCACUAGUGGGCCAUGCUGUGGGGAACAGAAGAGCGCUGACACUCAGGGAAAGAUCACUUUCCCUUCAAUGGAAGAUGAUGUUGACAGUUCCUUGAACAAUGCAGAGCUGGAAACUCAACCUCUGGAUUUGAACUCCGCUUUCCAAAAGGAGGACUCCGUUUGUGAGGCACUGCCAGAUGCUGCCCCGGUGCCUGACGCUGCCCUGGACCGUGAACCAGAACCAGACGCCCCUGCCACAGCCCGCUCUCGCGGCAGAAAUAGAAAGCAACCAGAGGAGGAAAGUAAGCCUGUGAAGAAGAGGUCGACGCGUACGGCUGCCAAGUCUGCCUGUGGGAGGAUGAAGAUCCUAGCAAAGCGUGGCUUUGGGAAGAAGGCGGUAAAUCACUCUCUGUACGGGAAGAGAGCCUACGCAUCCAAAAACCCCAACCUCAGCCCAAUCACGGAGAACCUGUCCUCCCUCAGCUGCUCCCCCACCCCUCAACACCCCCCCACAGCCAAAGGAAACUCCGGCCUAUUGGAAGAUGUCAUUAACAGCGACUCAAUCACUGGAGUGGUCAUGGCUGCAGCCCUGUGGCAAAGCUGCCUGUGCCCCGCGGCCGGUGGGGUCUCACCAGAAGACACCAUCCCAGCUGCAGAGCCCUCUGUUGGGCCUUCAGAAGCCCCUGUAGGCUUUACCACAGGCCGCUCUGGGACUGGGAGAGCAGCACGGGCCGGGAGACGACGGUCAGGUCCAACAAAUACCUUCAGAACCAAAGAGCAGAAAGAACCGAGUGUUAUUAGAGGAAAAGGCAGGAAGGUGAGUGUUCCUGUUGAUGACUGUCUCAGUGAAGAGCAGGUAGAGAACACUGAUGCUGAGCAAGACCCAACAGAAACAAGCCAGGCAGAGGUUUCAGAGUCCAGCCCAGCCAAGCACACUGUACCUGGUGACCGAGAGGGUGAACCUAAUGCUCAGUGUGCCUCAGACCCUGUAGAUACAGAUCAAUGCACUUGCACACUACCAGAUGCAGGUAGGAGUGGGGAAAGUACAGUUAGGGCAGACACUACACCCUGCCCUCCUACAUAUGAGGUUAGUGCCACAGUGGCUUCAUUAGAACAGGAGGCAGUGAGCCAUGUAGAACAGAGACCAGACAAAGGCAAGCAGAGAGAAGAAGCUCGGGGCCCAGGCCGCUCCAGGGGUAGAAGGAGCUUUAUAUACGCCAGAUCAGUCGUAGAGGAGUGGGAGGAGGCGCAGGCACCCCAGUCAAGCGGUCCAGAGGCAGUGGAGGAGAGCGGCCAGGAUGUGGAGAAUGACAGCCACAGGUCAGAGAUGGAGCAGGGUAGCAUUACAGAACAGGCCUCCUUCCGAGACUCCCUCCUUCCCCCCUGGGCAAAGGAAGAGUUCAGCAUCGAUGAUGUGCUGCGGGCUCUUCCCAGCAGGGGGCAUCGGUCUGUCCGCCGCAGCCUGAGGAACCAGAGCCAGAGCAGCACCCUUAAGGCCAGCGGCUCAGGCCUGGCCUGGCUGCCUCAAACCUCCCCAGAAUCCAUCAGGGCUAUCCGCAGGAAGACCAGGGGCCGCCGCAGCUCAAUCCAGGCUCUACUGCCCCCUCCCCUGGAGUAAGUGGACCACAUGGACCGUUGAGCUGCUCACGCUGUCGGCUACUGGACACUGGUUGUGUCUGAAAUGGUGCCCUAUUCACUAUGUAGUACAUAUUAUAUUGAAUGGGGUAGAAUUUGAUACACACCUGCCUUUUUGAUACUUUCAGAGAAGCUAAAUGGAAUGUGGUUCUCUGAGUUAAUUGUUUGUUGGUAGUUUUAUAAAUCUUUUUGUUUUUAGUCGGUAACAAGUUGUGUAAAUAGAAUAAGGUCUUCCUUUAAUGUGAUUGAGCUGUCUGGCAGUUAUUUAGUCUUUUUUUAUUUUUAUGUUUACCUCCUGUAUCCAUUGAAUAAAAUGGUUAUCUUCCAAACCAUUCAUCGUCUUAACAUUGUACAGGCCUCUUGAAAUACACAUUAAUAAAAACAUGCCUAAAGUUUAA